CGGUUUCUCUCCAUAAAUUUACUGUUUAUCUCCCUCUUUAGUCUUUAGUACCCCGUCUCCCCCCAAAUCAAAACCCUAACUUUGUUUCCCUCUUCUUCGUGGCGAUCAUGGAGGAUUCAGCGAAGCGAAAGGAGAGGCUCCUAUCCCUUCGCAUGGAGGCAUCCGCGCCACCGCCUACGGCGUCGCCGCUCCCUCACCCUACUCCGUUCCUGCCGCCGCCGCUGCAAGCCGCCGAGGCCUCGCCCCGGACCCCGAGGUUCGACUACUACACGAACCCUACGGGGGGCUUCUCCGGAUCUAAGAGGAAGAGCGCACACCACCACUCCCCGUCUCCGAACCCUCCAUAUGCUCGCCCUAAUGCUGGUCCAAGGAACUAUUACAUGGGUGGAAACCCUUCUCCAGCACACCAAUCUUUUGUUUCAGCUGGUGCAGGGAACUAUUACAUGGGUGGAAAGCCUUCUCCAGCACACCAAUCUCAUAACUAUCAAUUCCCAGAUCACAGCCUAUUUCAGGCACCACCAUAUCCACCACCAAGCAGUUCAUGGAGAGGCCCCAUCCAUUGCCAAACCCCUUUAUCAGGACCCUGCGGAACUCCUCCGAGUGGUCCAAGUGCAUCGAAUCCUUGUAACACUCCUGUCCACGGCUUCUAUUCCAACUCAUCAAGAGGCGGUUCUAAGAGCCCUAAUUACGAUCAAGGAGGUAGUCCUAUGAAUUAUACGGCAAUCAGAAAUAGCUCUAACUCAUACUCGGGAAGAGGCAAAGGCUUUAGUCCGAGAGGAAGUAGCGGGAGAGGAAGUGGCGGGAGGCGCCCAAGUGUGAAUAACCAGUCAGGUUCGGAAGAGCCAGAGCACCACUAUGGCAAGUCCAUGGUGGAAGAUCCUUGGAAGAGUAUGCAGCCAAUUGUUGGGAAUAUACUCGAGCCCAGGAGCGGCUCACGGGCUUGGCUUCCUGAAUCAUUGGCUGCGAAGGAAAACAAACCCGAACGAAGCGCUAGCAAGUUGAACUCCGAGCUUAGUCUUGCCGAGUACCUUGAUAUGUCUUUUAAUGAGACAGUUGACGAGACAUAACUCUUAUGUGAAAUAUUCCUAUAAUUACUAUUUAUUUUGUUUUCUUGAAAUCGAUGGCGCCCUGCAAUUGAUCCGCUUGAUCUAGGAAGCAUUUGUAGAAACACUUGAGAGUUAACUGUCUUUGAGCAAAUCACUUGCGGACAUGCUGCAUCUUAUUGUACUAAUUUUGUUUUGGGACUGGUGAACGAAGUACCACAUGAUAAUAUGAGUACUUGUGUUUGUUGAUGAUCUUUAAUAAGUAGACCACUGAUGACAGUGUCGACUAUC